AUGUCAAUAAUUACACUAGAACGCUUUGAAUAUCUGAUUCGGACUUCGAAUCUAGAUGUUUGCUAUGCAGCAAUGCAUGAGCUAGCAAACAACAUUAAUAGUCCAGGAGUGUUUGUCACAGUUGAUACUGCUACUGUACUCAUUAACAUUCUACUGAAUCAUCUGGAUGCUAACAUAGAUGCAAUUUCUCGUUUAGCAAUUGAAUGUUUAAUAGGCUUAUCCAGCAAAGUCACCGAAGAUGGCAUGAUGUCAAUCAUUGCAUAUUUACACACCAUUAUUUAUUCUUAUAAACCACAUUUAAGAACUAAUGCGAUCACUACGCUACUAUUAAUUUUGGACAAACUUCCAUAUUAUGAGAGACAAACUCAUUCUUAUUAUAAUUCUGAUGUCAUUGCUCAAAAAGUAAUGAAAAUAUUGGCCAGUAACGAGUGUAGUCUAUUUCAUGAUAUGCAUUUAUCAGUUCGAUUAGGAGUUAUUAAAAGUACACAGGUAUUAUUAUCACGUUUUGGGAUGAUAUUAGAGUAUCAACAUGGUCCAGUUUUAAACAGCCUGCUUAAUGAACUUUCCUGUCGUGACUCAAGUGUCAGUGAAGCCUGCAUUGAUGCGUUGACCGCUCUUGUACUCCACUGCAAUGACAAUAUUUACUAUGACUUAAUUUUACACUUAUAUUCAGAAUUAAUGACACGUGACAAUCAUAUGUUGGCAAAAACGUAUAUACAAUGCAUUGCUUCUCUCUGCAAACAACCAGAAUUUAUACUUAAUUAUAGCCUCGAAGCAGAAGAAAGAUUUGCAACACAUGUCCAAAGAUUUAUUCCAGCAAUUCUAAAAUUUAGUAGGUUGCCAGACGAAGAUGAUCUAAGAAUAAUAUGCUUUGGAACAUUUAAGCGUUUUAUAUACAGAUUUCCCAAAGAAGUCACACCACGUAUAAUCCUAAUCAUAGAACUAUGCCUGAACUACAUUAGAGAUGAAUUUCCUAAUCAUGAGGGCGGUGACAAUAAUGUCGUCAUUACUAACAUCACCUGGAAGGUACGCAAAGCAGCUUUACGAUGUUUAGACGCUAUGUUAAAGCUUCCUCAACCAUUGAUGCAUUUAUAUGUACAGGUGUUACCCGAAUUAAUAUCAAGAUUUAAUGAUGGUAACAUAAUUGUGAGAAUACUUGUUUUCAAUGUAUUUUUAAAACUUCUGAAAUCAAUAAGUUCGUGGGGUGAAGAAAAUACAAAUCAAGUGACCGAGGCUACUUUAAUCAUUUCUGGUCGAAUCGAAGACAUUGUGAAUGCCGCGAAGUUUCAUGUAGUGCAAGAAAACUCAAAAAUUAGACUGAAGUGUUUCAGUUUACUAAAAGAACUAUCUAUACUUCUUCCAGAACGAUUUACUGAUUAUUUUGGGGAUGUACUACCCGCAAUAGUAAAUUCAUUAGGAGACUCAGGAGGUGAUUGCAAGGUUAUGUUCAAAGCACUAUCUUGCCUUUUAAGUAUAUUGGCAACUUAUAGAAACCAGUUGCACUAUUUUCACCCCUAUAUAAGGAUUUUACUUCCUCCAGUCACAGAUUCUCUUAACAGUCGCUGUCACAAGACCAAUGGAAAAGCCCUAGACGUCUUGCAAACGUUACUAAUAAUAGUCAAUCCUUGGAUCCUAACUAUUUUGACUUUGACUUUAGGCCAUGUGUUGGAGACAUAUACAAUCGCACCUUAUGGCAUAUACAAAUGAAUAGCCCUCUAAAUGUUAAAGAAAAAGCGAUAUUUACAAUGGGAGAGAUAAUAAUUAACUUGGUCCCUUACAUGGGACCUAUGGCAUUACAUCCUCUAAAUUUGUUCCUUGAGACACUGAGGGAUAAUUGUACUAUGAACGCAUCUGUGAAAACAUUAAUGAGGAUUGUUUUAUCUCCUUCUAGGGAGAACUUAGCUGCAUUACCUUUAAUCCCGUUAUUGGUUAGAAUCUUAAAAUUAAAUGAAGUAAGAGAUUUGAAACAAAUGACUCUUCAAUUAAUAAAUAGUUUGAUUGAGGGUAAUCUGCAAUAUAUGGACAAAGACAUAUUAAUACCUGUUGUUACAGAAAGUACAAAUUUUAUUGACAUAUCUGAUCCUAAAAUAACUAAAUGGACCAUCAAGAUUUUAAAGUCCAUUGCUGAUUAUCUUCCGGAUAGUUUAGAAAAUAUUAGUGAGACUGUUAUGCCGAAGAUUUUAGAACUUCUAAAAUCACCUUCUUUGGACGCGCCACUGUUAGAGGCCACGGUAAGCUUCUUAAGUUCUUUGGUUGUAUGCGAUCUCCCAGGAUUGGAACAUGGUGUCCUGCUAACAAUGCUUAUGUCUGUAAUAUUCUCCCAGGAAAACUGUGAUAUGCAAGUAUUUUAUGCGAUCUCAAGAUCGAUAGCUGGAAUAACAAUUAGUCAUCCAUUUUAUUUCGAGAGAGCAGUAUUACAGUUUAUCCAGAUGAUGAGCGUUUCAGAAAAUAUUACCAAUAAAAAAUUAAAUUUAAUGAUCUUAGGAGAAAUCGGCGAAAAAGGCGGAAAUAUCAAAACCUUUACAUUGGCUGAUCGUCGCAUUAUUUUUCAUUAAAUCCGAUGAAAUUAAACAACUUGCAAGUAUUGCGCUUGGCAAAAUUUGUAUUUGCAACGUUUCAAGUUAUUUACCAUUUAUUUUAGAAGGAGAAGCUAGGCGAGAACCUGAAACACACUUGUUUUUCUUGGUUUCGUUACGAGAGCUAGUAGACGGACUCCUAAAAUUUGAUUAUAGAAUACCCCAUAUAAUACCAUUUGCUAUUCCAAUUUUCCAACAGUUAUGCGAACGCUGCUGUUGUGACGAAGAAGAAGUCAGAAACCUCGCUGCAUAUAUUUUGGGGAAAUUAACAUUAAUAAAUGGUAGGAUUAUAUUGCCAUUAUGGCAAUAUGUACUAAGAUCUGAGUCUUCGUUAACCAGAGCUUCAGUGAUGAGAGCUUUUAAACUAAUGAUUACUGAUCAGCCUCACCCGAUCGAUGACUUAUUACCUGAAUGUAUUGGAGAGUUUCUAGCCACUUUGCAAGAUCAAAAUUUACAUGUAAGAAGAAUUGCGCUAGAAGCAUUUACUAGAGUUGUUCAAAAUAAGCCAUCACUAGUUAACGAUCAACUCGACAAUUAUUUAGAUAUAAUCUAUCAACAGGUUGCCUUAAAGCCAACUGUGAAAUCACAAAUCGAUUAUUUAGAAGUGAGAAAGGCAGCGUAUGAAUGCCUGUUUAAUUUGCUAAAUACUUUUUAUAAUAAACUUAACAAACAUACUUUAAUUAACCAGGUGGAGUCUACUUUAAAAUAUGAUAUGGAAAGCCAUGACCUUCAAAUCAUAAUUUACAAUAUAAUAACUAAAUUGACAGAAAAGUACCCUGAUCAGGUUGCAAAGAAGUUGGAGAAUUCCAACUGGCUAAAUUAUAUGAGAGCUACAUUUAAAGAGUCACCAAAUGGACUUUCCAACGAUCAAUUUAACAAAAUUAUAGCUGCUAAAAAAUCAGCUAUGAGAGCUAUGAUAUCUUUUAUGGGCUUACCCGACGCAACUAUGAUUACUUACCUCUACGAAUUUGUUAACCAAGUUAUGAACACACCUGAGUUAACAUCGAUAUUCCAAGAAAUUUUAAAUGAUUUUAAAUGA